CUCUCUCUUUCUCUCUUCCUUCCUUCCAUCCCGAGCACCAUGCCCUCCUCCUCCUUCCUCCUCCUGGGGCUGCUCCUCUCCUCCUCUUCUCCCUCUUCUCUGCCCCCCUUCGACCUGCUCUAUGCGGACGGGGUGAGGGCCUACUUCGCGGGGGACUGGUCGGGGGCCUCGGCGCUGCUCCAGCGCUGCCUGCACAGCUUCUCCUGGGGCCUCAGGGCCCGCAGGGAGUGCCAGGGGCUCUGCCAGGGAGAGGCCGGCUUCGCCCCUCUCCUCCUCCCUCAGGGGCCUGGGGAGGGGCCCCGGGGCCGGGGGUCCUGGGAGGGCUCCUUCUGGGCCAGCGUCCUCCAAAGGGCCGAGUGCCUGGAGGGAUGCCUGGCCAGGAAUCUCGGGGGCCAGCCCUCUCGACACAGGGCCAGCCCCGAGGUCCGCAGGGACUUCCUCCGCAGGGAGCCCUACAACUACCUCCAGGUGGCCUUCUUCAAGCUUAAGAAACUGGAUGAAGCGGUGUCUUCAGCUCAUACCUUCUUUGUGGCCAAUCCACACCACUUACAGAUGCGGGAAGACAUCGAGAAAUACCAGCGCAUGGCAGGGGUGAAAGCAGAAAGCUUCAGGGAUCUUGAGGCCAUGCCACAUUGGGUGGCAUAUGAAGCCGGAGUGCACCAUUACGGUAAGGAUGACUACCAGCCGGCAAUGGCAAAACUGGAGGAAUCACUCAGCGAAGCGCUGCUGGCCCUAGAGGACUGCAGAGCCCUUUGUGAGGGACUCCAGGAUGAAGAGGAGGACAAAGAGGAGGAGAUGCAACUUGGUCUUUAUGAGGCCACUGCAGCUCACUACAUCCAGGUCUUGAAGUGCAGGCAGAAGUGCAUCCUCAACAUUGCCACUAAGCCAGGAAGGGUGUCCUCCAUAGAAGACUUCAUCCCAUCCCAUUUUGAUCUGCUGCAGUUUGCCUAUGACAAAGUUGGGAAUCAUACUGCUGCUGCUGAAUGUGCAGCUACCUACUUGCUCUUCUAUCCAUCAGAUGAUGUGAUGCUAGGAAAACUGAAACAGUACCAAGCAGAAGUGGGAGAAGAAACACCUGUUGCAGCCAGAAAGAGCAUCCACCUUUAUGUGCAAAGAUCUCUUAUGGAGAAGAAAUUGAUUUACUAUGCAGUGGAACACCUUGGCAAGAGUUUUAAUGACCCUGAAUCGUGGACUCCUGAGGAAAUUAUCCCUGAAAGCCUGAAAGAAAAAUACAAGGAAGAUCAGGAGAAGCAAAGCAUGAAGGCCAUGGAUAUGGAACACCAGGAUCAGAGGGAGCCACUACCCUUUGAAGGCAUCACCAUUACCAUGGACUCCCAACAACUCAAUGGCUCCCAGAGGGUUGUCUUGGACAGAGUCUUGACUGAAUCUGAAUGCAACGACAUCCUCCGUUUGGCUAAGGCAGCUGGAGGAACAGGAGAUAGCUAUCGUGGAAGGCGUUCACCUCAUACUCCGCAUGAGAGAUUUGAAGGCUUAACAGUGUUGAAGGCUUUGCAGGUAAAUAGGAGGGUGGCUGUGAACUGGAGAGAUGCUAAGUUACUUCUGCAAGCCAGUGAGAAAUCCAGGAUUGUGGAAUCCUACUUUACCCCUGGGAAAGACCUUCAUUUUUCAUUCACACAGCUUGUGUGUCGCACAGCUGCAGAAGGAGAACAAGAAGGUCGCAUGGACCUCAGCCACCCAGUCCAUGCUGACAAUUGCCUCUUAGAUUCAGAGGGAAACACAUGUUGGAAGGAACCCCCUGCCUACAUCUACCGAGACUACAGUGCAAUCCUCUACUUGAACGAUGACUUCCAAGGGGGAAACCUCUUUUUCACUGAAACAGAUGCUGUGACUAUGACAGCCCAGGUGCGCCCUAAGUGUGGGAGGCUGGUGGCCUUCAGCUCUGGUGGAGAGAAUCCCCAUGGAGUGUGGGCAGUGACUCGGGGGAGGCGAUGUGCCAUUGCCCUCUGGUACACUCUCUCUCCUGAACAUGCAGAACAGGAAAGGGCCCAAGCAGAAGAACAGAUGAGACAGAAGGAAAGAGAACAAGAACCUUCACAUCCAGAUGACAAAGAGAAUGCCGGCACUGGACAUAAUCACAGAGACUCACCAGAGCCCCCUGUUUCUAAGGGAAGAGCAAGAUCCACCAGCCGAAGGACAAAAACAGAUUUGGAGUCUGGAGUACAGUCCACAAGGCUGCGAGCCAGAGAUGAAUUCUGAGCAUAUUCUUCAUGCACCAGCCUUGUGUAUUUCAGAGGCCUGUAGAAAUGAAUGAUCUGUUCCUGUUUAUUGCUAUGCUGAUUCUUCUACAAUAAACUGAAGAAGUCUGCCUUGCAACUUUAUGACAUCACAAGAAAUGAAAUGAGAAUGUGACUUUCAACCCUGGACCACCAUGUUAGUCUGAGAAUCAUUUUUUAAGCAAGGAGGCCAGGCUUGCAAGACAGUGUAGAAGAAUGACUAAAAGAGACUGAACCCCUCCCCUGUUCAAGUCACCACUCAACUACAAUAUUUGAAUAUGAAGUACUAUGCAAUGUUCAAUGUCCUUCUUCCAGCCCUUUCUUUCACAUUUCUGCUGGAAUAGCUGGGAAGUUAGUUGAGUUUGCAUUUUAAUGCAAGAUUAAACCAUUUGUACUUCCUGUACCCUCACCUAGAUUUAAACAUGAAUUGUGGAGAGAAAAUUGUGCUGUGAUUUACUACAAAAAGUGUUGAAAUGUAUGCACAUUUUUGGAAAACGUACUGUACACAGAAAAAUGUAUGGGAGAAUCCAAAGAAAAAUGCAUUGGUGAUAAAGAUGUACAGCAAAUAUGUUUGUGUCUUGAGAAACACAAAUGGAAAUAUGUAGAGCAUUUUGUGUAUAGAGUUGGAAUGUGCUUGGGGCAGUAAAACAACAAACUUCAACAGAUUAAUACACUUCUGCUGUUGCAAUGUAACUAAAAGGAAAUGAAAAACAAAAUAGUCUGUUUUAAUAAAUGGUUAUGAGAAUUAUCAUUCUGAGGGAAACACAGCCCUAUAGUCCCAGCCAGGCAAGAAUCAGAAAUGGUCAAGAAAAAAACUGGGAAAAGUUGAGAAUCUGAUGCCUCUGUGACCAAAGGAAACAGUAACAAGGUGAAAAGAUGAAUGAGAAAUGCUAAGAAUGUGUUGCAUCAGCUAGUUUGCUGGAAUAUGUUGCAGGAACACCUCCAGAUCUGCACCAGAUUUUGAAUAAAUCAUUGCCCUGCUUCCAGGUUAAUUUCAGCCACAUGUUCUAAUAGUAUGCUUGCUUUAAAAAGAAACGUAAAUGUAAAUGUUUUAAUUUUUAGGAUGUGAAAUUCUGUAUUCAUAUACAUUGGCAUCUGUUCUCCCUAUACAGUCCUGUUUUGAAAGUUCCCUGGAAUCUGAACCAUAUUAAUCUGUUUCAACAAGAACUGUGGCAAUCCUAAAUUUACACAGUAGGAAGUAAAUUCUGUUCAACCAAAUGUAA